CGCAGGGUCAUUGUCAUGCAUCGUGCUGGCAUACCGAACACCUAGUACCCGCCUCGCGGGACACCGCAGCUGCACGGUCGUUUUCAUAGCCGAACGGAGGGAUUUAGUGGUUUGCAUGGUGGGAAAGGAAAGGGAUGAGUGUGCAGGUGACCGCCAAGCUACGCCUGCAUUCAAAAAGUACGCUCGAAUGCGCUCCAAAAGAAGGCUCCCCCGAGUGGUGAUGUCAUAUACAGAUCAGACCAAGAGUCAGACAGUCACGUCAGACCCACGUGAUCGUGCUUCCGACGCGAAAACUUGGCACAAGACAAUGACAUUCACAACGAAGGCAGUCCUCGCGGACCGGAAUUCUCUCCAUCGACGAGCGUGUUCAGAUCCUGGCACAGAGUUGAAGCUCGACGAUCUAAAAUUAGGCUAUCGGCUGACGGAUAGCGCCGGUAUGACAUACCCUUGAUCGACUACAUAUGUAAUCGCGUUUCACGCAACCACGAUGACAUCUCACUGCAUGCUCAAACCGAUGAGACGGAAGCCUCAUCUCUUCAUUUCCGCCCAAGACCGGCAUGUCCAACCACUCGACCCACAAGAGGAGGUCUCGACUGCAUUUUGCGCCCCGCACCGCGUGUGUAGAACUGAUCGAGGACGGAACCCAAGCAGUGUCGCUCGAAGAGCUUGUGGGAUCCAGGUGUCCCAGUCUGUUCUCAAAGUAUCGACCGAUGAGGAUGCUAUUCAAUGGGCAUCUGCAGACAGUCUAUUCUGUCCUGGGAGACUUCAGGAAAGUGGACGAGCUGCAGUAUGAUCGCCAGCUGCUAAGACUGCUCGAUGGCGGGACACUCGGGCUCGAUUUCACGCCUUCCGAAGCGUCUGAGUUGCCCAAAGACGCGCCGAUCAUCAUCGUACAGCACGGAUUAACAGGCGGAUCUCAUGAGCCUUACGUGAGGGCUGUGCUAGCACCAGCAUUGAGGCUCGGGUUCCGCGCGGUUGUUGUUAACUUUCGGGGCUACUUGCGGCAAGCCCUGAUGUACAUCACGGACCUGUAUCCUCUGGCGCCGCUUCUUGGAUUGGGCUUCUCCAUCGGAGGAAAUGUGCUCGUCAGGUAUCUUGCCGAAGAGGGUCGAAACAGCAGAAUAAGCGCUGCAUGCAUUUUGGGAUGUCCUUGGGACAUCAAAACAAACAACGACUCUCUGCUUCAUAGCACGAUAGGAAGACACCUUUACCUCCGACGUAUGGGGGAAAACGUGAUGAACAUCUUCCGGCAGAACAUCGACGCUUUCAGGGCCGAUCCAGACCAUCCCACAGCAAAAGCGAUCCCCGAAAUCUUGAGAAUCAAAAAUCCAACGCUGACCGAUUUCGACGGUAUAUUCACCCGUUCUGUGGGUGACAUACCGCCGUUCCCUUUCAAGUCUGUGGACGACUACUAUACCUGGGCAUCCAGCCACGAAAUCGCCCAGCAGAUCCGGGUGCCCUGCCUGACCAUCAAUGCUCAAGACGAUCCUGUAGUGCAACGUGUGCAGACACCCAAGCAAAACGAGUUCGUCGUCUCCGUGCUGACACGCUCCGGCGGGCAUCUGGGCUGGUUCCAGCGAGGCGGUAGGCCGGGUGCACGCUGGACCACAAAGCCAGUCUUAGAGUGGCUUGAGCUUUUCGGGAGGCAUGUGCGCCUCCAUCCUCCACAGCAAACGCUCUCCACGGACGAAUCCGGAUUCAUUCGGGACAGCGAAUAUCCGUCUCUCGGCUGUAAACGCGUUCCCGGUGGUGGUCUGCUCAAGGGACAUCGCUCGAAAAACGAGUUACUCCAGGGUUUGUAGAGCAGUACAGUACAGACAGCAUAUAAUGACAUACCAACUAUCGCACAUUUGAGCCUCCAAAUCCAGUGCUCUGUCUCAUGGCUCCCAGAUUCGAGGAGCCCUCACCACGAUCGUCCGGUCUGCGUGAUGGCGGAUCCCUCGCGAACCAGCCCCCGCUGCCAGACUGAUGGCGGUACCGUUCGCGUUCCCAAUCGUAUGUUCGCUGACCACCUUGUCUGUUAUUCAACAAAUGCGCGCCCAAUCCUCCCAAUGCGGCACCCGUCCAAAAGCCAGGCCGCCAGCCGUCUUGGUUGGCCAUCCCCUGGCCCAUCUUCGAGUAGGGGGGCGGGGCGUCGUCCGUGUCGUGGUCCAUGCCUCCAGGGAAGAAUGCAGGGCGGCCUGCGCCAGGGCGGGGACCAGGCCCGCCUGGACGCUCGCCCCGCCCGGCCCCAGCAUGAUCAUUCCUAUCGCCAAAACAGGAGCGAAAGAGCGCAAACGCGAUCAUCGCACAGACUCCAAUCCACAGCAGGUAGAACAGGAUAGACGCGACGUCGAGAGGCUCGGAGGGGGUGUUGUGCAGAUAGUUGUCGGAAUCACUGUCCCGGAGGCUUUUCGGGACUUGUACCAGGCGGUACUCGAGAGCGCACGAAUCUGCGGCAGGAUGAGAGGGCAGUUUGGGAAUACCCGUGCAACGUUACGCGAAACCGACCUUUCAGAACCCACGGGUCGCCGGGUUUAGAAAAACCUUCGCAUGAGACUGAGACUCUGCCUAGUCGGAGAGAAUCCGGAAGGUCGGCAUGACACUAACACUCGAGGUUGGUUACAGCUUGAAUGGGACGCUCAAGUCAUCAGCGCACCUUCCAGUCGAUAUCCGUCCCUGAGCCUCCAAGAGACUCACAGCGAACGACCUGUGAGCGGUAAGGCACAGUAAGUGACCUAGUCUUUGGACGGCAUAAGACUGCAGGAAGACGAACGUCCGGGGUAAACAAUUUGCAAGGCUUGCCAACACAUGUCAAUUGAGGAAGCGGCUCAGUGCGCCGACUCUGAGUCCACUCCCCUUUGUAGAAAGUCAGCGCGGGGAUCUUGGCAAGUUGGACGCGAGACAUUAGUAGAGAUGGCGAACGGACACGGAAUGGGCGCUUAAGAGCGCGUCAACUAUUUAUUCAAGGACGACCCAAAUAGGAGUGGGUCGCGCUGACGUGUCCUUGCCAAUUCUAGAUACAUCGAGAAAUACUACGCUGGACAGCCUCCGCACAGACCGGGCACACAUCCCCAGCAGCUAGCUACGCCGAUGCCGUAUGUCCUGAGAAUGAGGGAAACAACACUCACGAUCCCUUCACCGAGCACGAAGCCACUGGCGAUGACGAUGAGGCGGAUGUCGUGCUUGCCGCGAGCAUAUUUUGUGCGGUAGAUAUAUUCGACGGCUCCGCCAAUCAGGCGAGCGAUGGAGAACGACGGGGUGUUCAAGAAACCGAUCGCAAACGCAACACCGGAUGGAAUCCACUGAGUGUACCACAGAUCACGGCGGGCGGCGUGAGCUUUGAAGGCAGAAACCAACGCGAACAAUGCGGCAAAGCCUAUCAUGAAGAAAGCACUGUUUUCUGGAAGUUGGCCGUCACCUGGAGCAGUCUGGCGAGGCUGAGCCACACAUAAGCGGUAGGUGCAGGGAAAGACGGGCCAGGAAUGACGUAGGCCCGAUUGUACAAGGAAUAGGCCGUAGUGGUUACCACGAUUGACACUGCAGAUCCCACAAGUUGACCGAAAAACUGCGCACGAGGCGAAGCACCACACAGAUGACCGGUCUUCAGAUCCUGCAUGAGAUCGCCCGCUCUGGAGGAAGUAAGUGGCAAUUCUGUCGAUGAUAGAGACACUGACUGUUGGGCGCCAGCCUCGGCGACACCACCAGCGAUAAUAUUAGCAACAAUGUUUCCUGGCUGAAUCCAAGCGAAGAAGAGUUGCGAGAUCUUUCCCAGUCCAGAUACCGGGUUGAGAUCGGUCUCUCCCAG